CUUUGCUUUUCGCUACUACCAAUAAACCUGUGCUGGUCUCGCGCUCGUUAGCCAAAACACAUGGCUUUCGGUGCUUACCGGCACAUUUACUAUCCUCGUAUUAGUCUCCUUGGCCUAUACACAACCAAGAAAACCUGACAGGUCGUACCAUUCAUGUGAAGCGGUCUUGGAUCGUGGGACUUCAAGUUGUAAAGGAGCAGCGCCGGGUACAAGAUUCUAUUACGAUAAGGAAAUGGACGCCUGCUACCAAUACUUCUAUGAAGGAUGUGGUGGUGGCCAAAACACAUUCUACGAUUAUAGCUCUUGCAGAACAACAUGCAUUCCAGCUGACAAGGAAAAGUGUGGGGGAAAUGCACCAACUACCGGCACAUGUUCGAGGAGAAACGAAAAAUGCCCAGCCGGUAGCAAGUGCCAUGUGGGAGCGUUUGGAGCGGGAAUUUGCUGUGAUACCAAAAAUGAGGAAGAAUGGAAGAAAGAAAGACAUCCGGUAUGCAAAACUGGAAAGCUUGCUAUGAAGAAGGAGUGGUAUGGUGAUGCAAUACUUUUGGGAAGAAGCUGUUCACACAAAUUCUGCCCGAAAGGUUACCAAUGCAUCCAGACGAAACGUUUGGCGCACUGUUGCGGUGGACGCUAAGAAAACCGGGGUUAAAAUUGAAAUGACAAUGAAAGAAGAUUUUUGAGACCACCUUCUAUGAAAUGAAUAAACUUACGAAAAAGCA